UUGAAGUUCAAAACGUGUAUGGUUCUUCAAUAAAAUCGUGUAAAUUAUUCUGCGGUUUUUGAGCGAGCGAGCUCAAAUCGAACGUUCAAAAGUAGUCAGCCACCUUAAAUAAUACUAGUACAUUGUUCAAAACGUUCAACGAAAAUUAAAAAGUCCUGCAGCUUGUCUGAUCACUAGGUGAUAUCACAUAAAACGUCGGCAAAUUUAUACUGGGAAUUUUUUUAAGAUGUACCACAGAUCCCCGAAAAUAAUUUGAAAACAUCAUGAACAGUUAUUAACACGUAAUAAUCAAGAGACCGAAGUUUCUAAAGCAAAGACAAAAUAUUAAACAAGAGCAGUCGUCGACUAUUAAAAAUUGAACAAGAAAAAACUUUAUCAAUGUUAAAUUUCUUUACUAUAAUAACGAUUUUAAAGACUGUCAACGUUCACAGUCGGAAACUUUUUCCUGGGUAAAUUGGUUUCGAGUUAAUUAUUUUGAAGGCCAAAUAUAUUUGAGUUCAGUAAGGAGUCAUUUCGUCAGUAGGAGAUUGAAGGUGGAAGGGACAGGCUCGUUAUCAGUUCAGCUCAAACCAUGAACGGUUCGGACAACCUAACGCAAAGCAGUUUGUCGUGCUUCAGUGUACCCGAUUCACAUCUUGUACUAACCGUAAAGAUAAUGGCCAUCUUGUUAGUGGGUGGAUUUGCUGUGUUUGGCAAUAUUUUGAUCAUCUUCCUCGCUGCCAGAUUCACCGUGAAAAGGAACAUCCAUCAUUUGAUCAUCAACAUGGCCGUUUCAGAUAUUCUCGUUGCUAUUAUGUAUUCGUAUCACAACAUUCGUUCUCUACUUCGUCUUCCAUAUUUCUGGGAACUUUGGGAUAAUGACGUUUUUGGCAACAUCUUAUGCAAGGCUUACUACUUCUUCUAUUCGGCUUCCAAGUAUGUGACUUUGACUAGCCUACUGAUAAUAAGUGUGGAACGGUUCAGAUCAACCAAGGUAACUGUACGCAGAGUUCGUCCAUACACGUUGAAAAAACGUCUGGCACUAGUCUCUUGUUCUUGGUUGCUUCCUAUGGGACUUAAGGCAUACGUUCCUUGGUAUUUCAAAAUUCACCAGGACAGCAACACCCGUGGAUGCUAUCCAAACUUUUUGAGAGCUUUUUUCGUUCUCUUUUCUUUUGAUCAACUCUUUGUUCUUCUUACGAUGUGCUUAGUUGUGAUAUUUAAUAUCAUGACUUCAUUCAGACUUUGCAAAUCACGUCGAACCUUCCCGCAAGGCAAUUUUACUGAAGAACAGAAUAGAACUAGAGAAAAACGAACAGCUAAGGCAGUGAAAAUGGUGUUGUGUUCGCUUUUACUUUACACCUGUUGUUAUCUUCCAGGUUUUGUCUACUAUUUCCUUUUCGCUUUCGACCUUACCACGGAGUUUCCAUCAUAUUCCUUUGAAACAUUAAAUUUUAUGCUUUCUUUUCUUUUGCUAGUCAACUCUUGCUUCAGUCCUUGUAUUUAUAUUGUUUUCCUAAUUGAAUUCAGACAAGCAGCUAAAAGACUAUUGCACUAGUAAUGAAUAGCACUGAACUUAGUAGUCUAUUUUGAUGGAAUGGAAGAAAUUACACCUCCUACUCAACCUGUGAUAUCUAGGACAGUUGGUCAUCGAAGUAUCUUUUAAUAUCUUUGCGUUAUAGCAUGUAUAAUAUAACAUGGACUUUCGAUGUCGCCGCAACAUUUGGCAAUAUUUCCAAAUAUUCACGCAUACGCAGAUGAUACUUAACUCUACUUAUCAUUCAAGCCAUACAGUUCCUUGGGUGAGACCGAGGCAAGAUCUGCUAUGGAACGGUGUAUUAGGGCUGUGAGGGCGUGGAUGGUUGUAGAUAAGUUGAAACUGAAUGAAGAUGCUCAUUAAACUCGCGAGCAACUUAGUAAAGUUAGAACUGAUAGUCUGUUAAUUGGCGACACUCCCAUACUAUCAGUUAGUGAAGCUAGGAAUCUAGGUGUCUGGUUUGAUUCUAAUCUCCAAUUUCAAAAUCAUACAAACAACACGUGUCAGUUAGCUUUCUAUUCACUAUAUAAUAUUAGACGUAUUAGGAAAUACUUGCCUUUCGAAGCUACAAAGACAUUAGUGCAGGCUUUAGUUAUAAGUCGCAUUGAUUAUUGCAACGCUAUAUUUUAUGGUCUGCCAGCUAUUCAUAUUCAUAAAUUGCAACGCGCUCCAAAUGCAGCCGCAAGGUUACUGACAAACACACCGCGCUAUGCUCAUAUCACUCAUGUCAUGAUAGAACUUCAUUGGCUACCUGUUAAAUUUAGGAUUAUGUUUAAGAUAAUUUUAAUAGCUCAGUUUUAAAGUUUUACACGGUCUAGCACCAGUGUAUCUUAGUAAAUUUUUAUCUUUCAAAGAACAUUCAAGAUAUAAUCAGUUGAAGAUCUAAUAGUAAUAACACUCUCUCUCGUCUUGCAAUAAAAUCGGUCAAGACCACUGGAGACAGAGCCUUUUCAGUGGCUGCUCCAGUUUUAUGGAACGCUUUGCCGCCAAGCCUUAGGGCU